GUUUCUGCGCGGAAAAUGUAUUUUUAAUCAGAGAAACAAAUCAACUAGCAUUUUAAAAAAAAGAAGAUAAAGCUUUAUUGCAAUGCUGUUCAAAAUAAAUUCAAAUUAUAGAGGGGAGUUUGAUCGUAAUCACGCGCCACUGAAACGACGAAAGUAGAAUGCGUUAGCCGUGUGAAUUGAUUCAUUAGAUUCAGAAGAAGAGAAGAAUGAGCGAGAAAGAGGCUAUGGCGGAAGUGAAGGAGUGGCUUGCGAAGACGUUUGAAGGCGCUGGGAAACCCGUUCCGGAAUUCGAAUACACACCGCGGAGCGUCUCGCAUUUGCACCAUCUCAUCACUCUUUCCAAAGCCAAAGACGAGGCCGCGCGCCUCGUAGCUCGCGAUUUCCGCCUCAAGGCCUCCGAGUACCGAUCCCAAGCUGCGAGGAUUAGGGAGAUUUUGGAGAAUGUGGGCUUAGCGCAGGAGAGCCUGCCCUCCAAUGUGGUUACAUCAGCACAAGUUCUAGCAAAUGUGGCCAACUUGUUGAAUAUAAGAGAUACUGAAAUGAGUAGCUUUCUUGUAGCUAUGGGUGACAUUUCCCUAAGGAAGACUGGAGUGGAGGAAAAAAGGGCUGAAGUUAACAAGGAAUCCAAGCUCCUACUUGAUUACACUAGAAAGGCAAUAGCCAGGCUAACAUAUUUGAAAAGAACACUUGCUCAGUUAGAAGAUGAGGUAGCUCCAUGUGAGGCUCAGAUGGAUAAUUGGGCUACAAAUUUACAAGUAAUGGCCGCAAAAGAAAGACAGUACGUGCAACAAUGUGCCAACUACAAGGCGGUGCUGAAUCAUGCAGGUUAUACCCCCGAGGUUAGCCAUAGCGUUUUGGUUGAAAUGGCUGAGCAUAGAAAGGAGCUAGAGAAGAAAACUAAGCCCAUCCUUGAUACUCUGAGGAGUUACCAAGAUUUGCCUCCGGAUAAAGCUUUGGCUGCCUUAGCAAUUGAGGAUAAGAAAAGGCAAUAUGCUGAUGCUGAGAAGUAUCUUGAAGAUGUUUUGCAAUCUGCUCUUGCCAGUUCUGAGUGACAUAUUACUAAAAUUUUUAAAGCCUUUUUCUUUGUAAAUUUUCUUGCUUUCAAGAUUCUGAUUUUUCAACUUCACUAAAGAUAUCUAUGGACAAGUGUCACUUAAGUUGCCUUUCACUGGACAUAUUGUUGCAUAUAA